GGUGAGGGGGGCAUCUGGGGGGCACCAGAGAAAGUGGGGGGUUCGGAGGAAGAGGGGGGUCCCCGGGGAGGGCAGAGAGGUGAGGGGAGAGUGGAGGAAAAGGGGGGUCCCUGGGGGGCCCAGCAGGAGGCGGCACCACCCUGUGGACGCCAUGUGGGGGUCCCCUGCUCAGACAGUGCGACUAUGGAUAGUUCACUGCGGUUUCUGGACGUUGCUGCGGGCGCCCCUGAUCUCCAUUCUCCGCUGGUCUCCAGUUUUGCUAGGGCCUCCCUUCCUUUGAGGCUCCGUGUGGCCCCUAUUGAUGCCCAGUCAUUGGUUCGGACAGGGAGGCUGCAGGAAGUUGGGGGUCCCGUGGAUCGGUGCUCCGCCCUGUGGGUGAGCAGGAAGCAGCUGCGGGCGAUGGGUCUGUACCACCGGGAGUGGGUGUGGGUGUCUCUACCGCCAGAGAGGAGCGGCACCAGGAAGGCGCCUGCGCAGGGUGACAGGGGGCGACACCUGGCGAUGAUAGUGGCGGCAGACCUCUGGUUGGGGCACCCGCACAAGUACAACCACCUGCUGAGCAGCCCCUGCCUGGCACCCACAAACCGCACUGCUGUCAUCUCUGCCACCCUCGCCUUCAACCUCGCCUGUGGCACCAGCUCUGUCAGCGAGGUCCUCAUUCAGCGGGUCAGCACCGAGCCUACGUUGGAAGGUCGAUCUGCUCUGGUGGAUCCUCCGGUCGCCUCCUUGCUUCAUGUAUCGGUGGUGAAGUCUCCAGCAUACAGCAGUGAAGCCACGUUCCAGCAAGCCUUGUGCCAGCACUUCCAAACACCCAGGGCCGUCCAAGUGGGUGACGUGCUGUGUGUCUCAUGUCUGUCUCAUUCAGAAUUUCAGCUGAACAAGUCACAGAUGCCAGUAAGGUGUCCAGAACUGUACUUUAAGGUGCAGAAAAUCGAGGGCGAGGAGGUCAGUGAAGGCUACGUGGCCAGCAGCCGUCACACCACUCUCUAUCAGGUGGGCAGCGUGUGCAGCUUUGUCCCCUCCUUUCCUUCCCAUGACGGUCACGUGUUCUGGAGCAGCUUGUUCCCAGCAGGCCUGUCUCAUGCAGUGGAUGAGGUUUGUCGGGUUCUCCUGCCUCAUGUGCAGAACACGAGUGAUGUUCUUGGGGCUGGAGGUCGCGUUCUCCUCACUGGGCCGAAAGGCAGUGGUAAAAUGACCGUGCUGAGAGCUGCCAGCAGCCGACUGAACUUACAUCUGUACCCGGUGGAGUGUGCAAGACUGUGUCGGGACAGCAGCGCCAGCAGCAUCUCACGUCUGCGAUCUGUCUUCUCUCAUGCCCGAGACUGUCGACCCUGCGUCCUGCUGCUCUGUCACCUGGAUCUGCUGGGGAAGGACAGAGGCGGAUCUGGAGAAGACACGAGAGUGGUCUCUGAGCUGUGCAGUCUUCUGCUCGGGACAAGUCACACAGACCGGGAGCUGCCGUUCCUUGUGGUGGCCACAACCUCUCGAGCACAGGAGGUUCCCUUGGAUCUUCAGUCCUGCUUUCUACAUGAAGUUUCAGUGAAUCCCCCCACAGAAGAACAGCGUCUGUCCCUCCUGACUGUACUCACCGCUCCGCUCCCGCUCAGCACGGAUGUGGACCUCGCUCAUCUGGCACGCAGGACUGCGGGUUUUGUGGUUGGGGAUCUCCUUGCUUUGCUGUCAGGAGCUGGACGCAUCUCCUGCACCAGAGUCCGCAAUUCCUGUGCUCUUUCGGAGGAGGAUGAAGAAGGCCUCCUGGCUGCCGGUUUCCCUGUGACGUCUCAGGAUUUGGAUGGUGCACUUGCUGAGUUGCAGGAGGCUCAUUCUGAAGCCAUUGGUGCGCCUAAGGUCCCCUGUGUGCGCUGGACGGAUGUGGGAGGACUAGAAGAUGCUAAGCGUCAGCUCUUGGACACGGUGCAGCUCCCUCUGGAGCACCCUGAGGUGCUGGCCUUGGGGCUCAGGAGGUCGGGGAUCUUGCUGUAUGGGCCCCCAGGAACAGGAAAAACCCUGCUGGCCAAAGCUGUUGCCACCGAGUGCGCCAUGACCUUCCUCAGCGUGAAGGGACCAGAAUUAAUUAACAUGUACGUGGGCCAGAGCGAGGAGAACGUCCGAGAAGUCUUCUCCAGGGCUCGAGCGGCUUCUCCUUGCAUUAUAUUCUUCGAUGAGCUGGACUCGCUGGCCCCGAACCGGGGGCGGAGCGGGGACUCGGGAGGUGUGAUGGACCGGGUGGUGUCCCAGCUGCUGGCCGAGAUGGACGGCCUGCACUCCUCCACUGACCUCUUUGUGAUUGGAGCCACGAAUCGUCCUGACCUGCUGGAUCCUGCGCUGCUCCGGCCUGGGAGGUUUGACAAGCUGGUGUACGUAGGGUUAAAUGAAGACCGUGACUCCCAGCUGCGAGUCCUGGAAGCCGUGACCCGUAGGUUCUCUCUGGACUCGGCGGUGGAUCUGUCCCACGUCUUACAUCACUGUCCUGCUGCCCUGACUGGGGCCGACCUCUAUGCCCUGUGUGCCGAUGCCAUGAUGAGCGCCAUCAAGGAGAAGGUCCAGCGCCUGCAGGAAGGCGCAGGUGAACCGGCUGCAGGGCUCGUCCUUCGUCUGGAGCAUUUGGUGCAGGCAGCAGAGCGUCUUCAGCCGUCUGUGUCACAGCAAGAGCUGCAGCGAUACGAGAGAAUCCACCGGAAGUUCUCAGUGCCCAGCAAUGUGUAAGCGCCCCUGUGUACCUGGGGGAGAAAUAAAGAUGGAGGCACAGUGUGCCCAUUACUACUU